GUCUGCUGAAGUUUUGUGAGGAGGGUAGGGGGCUCUAGGCGCUCCCUGUGGUUUUGGAACAAAUUCCAGAAGGGAGACCGCAGCUAGGGGUCCGAGAGUUCCCAACCUGUGCACGCUUGGGGCUACUCCAGGCGCAACUUGACAUCACCGCUCUUGGUCCUGUGCCCUCGUUCCUCGGAUCUCCGCCAUGGCAUCCACCACGACCAGCCUCCAGAAAGCAAUAGAUCUUGCAAGCAAAGCAGCCCAGGAAGACAAGGCUGGGAACGAUGAGGAAGCCCUUCGACUCUAUCAACAUGCUGUCCAGUAUUUUCCCCACGCGGUUAAGUAUGAAGCACAGGGUGAUAAAGCCAAGCAAAGUAUCAGGGCAACGUGUACAGAAUAUCUUGAUAGAGCAGAAAAACUAAAGGAAUACCUGAAAAAAGAAAGAGAAAAAAAAUCACAGAAGCCGGUGAAAGAAGGACAACCGAGUCCAGCUGAUGAGAAGGGGAAUGACAGUGAUGGGGAAGGAGAAUCAGAUGAUCCUGAAGCAAAGGAACUUCAGAAUCUACUUCAAGGUGCCAUUAUUAUUAUGGAGAAACCUAAUGUGAAGUGGAGCGAUGUUGCUGCUCUUGAAGAAGCCAAAGAAGCACUUAAGGAGGCUGUGAUAUUGCCCAUUAAAUUUCCUCAUCUUUUAUACGGGCAAGAGAACGCUGUGGAUGGGGAAUCCUUUUAUUUGGACCACCUGGAACAGGAAAGUCCUAGUUAGCCAAAGCCAUAGCCACAGAAGCAAACAACUCAACAUUCUUUUCAAUACAUUCCUCCCACCUUGUUUCCAAGUGGUUAGGUGAAAGUGAAAAGCUAGUUAAGAACUUAUUCCAACUUGCCAGAAAGAAUAAACCUUCCUUUCUCUUCAUGGAUGAAAUCGAUUCUCUUUGUGGUUCAAGAAGUGAAAAUGAA